CACAACCAGCUCUGAAUCAGCUUAUUUGUGAGAGACUCUGUCAUUCCUGCAGCUAGCAGUGGAUACUGAAGCCUAAUGAGAAAGGGAUCAUCCAUACUGUGAUGGAUAACAUCUCUUAUCCUGUCAUACUGACACUUAUGGUUCCCAGAGAAACAAAAUCAUAUAGGCAUGUAUAUUUUAUUUGCUUUCUUGUCUUGUAUGUGCUUAUAUUGUCAAUUAAUGUUCGUCUUGCUAUGGUUAUUAUCAUGCAGAAAGCACUUCAUGAACCAAUGUACAUGUUCUUGUGUAACCUGUGUAUAAAUGGAGUUUAUGGAGCCUCAGGAUUUUAUCCUAAAUUUCUUUCUGAUUUAAUAUUGGAUUCAUAUGUGAUCUCCUCUCACAUGUGUGCUCUGCAGAUCUUUGUGAUUUACAGCUCUUUACUGUGUGAGUUCACAAUCUUAACAGUCAUGUCUUAUGAUAGAUAUGUAGCCAUAUGCAAACCUUUAGAAUAUCAUUCUAAAUUGACUAAAAACACAUGUGUGAAAUUAAUUCUGUUCUCAUGGAUUGUUCCCACUUUUUCUGCAUUCAAUGGCACCCUGUUAUCAAAUCUGAGACCAUUUUGUGCUUAUCAUAUAGAUAAAUUAUAUUGUGACAACUGGUCAGUUGUAAAACUGUCUUGUGCAUCAUCUUUUGUUAAUAAUAUCUAUGGAUAUAUUGUUGCUGCCAUGUCUACUGGCUUUGAAAUUAUUAUCAUAAUAUGCUAUAUUAAAGUGAUCUCUGCAUGUAGAGCAUCUUUAGAAAACAGAAGAAAAUUCUGGCAAACAUGUUUGCCACACCUCUUAUCUCUGAUGAAUUUCACUAUUGCUAUGCUUUUUGAUUUCAUGUAUAACAGAUAUGGUUCAAAUGACAUUCCAGAGAGUCUGCGUAAUUUUUUGGCUCUAGAACUGGUGAUAGUCCCACCUGUGUUCAAUCCUCUAAUCUAUGGGUUAAAUAUAAGAGCAGUGCGCAAAAGAGCUUUUACUUUAUGUGUUGCAUCAAGAGUAAACGUUUCACAUUCGCCAAAAAGACGUAAAACAUGA